CCAAAGGUGGAUCCGGGGAGGGGAUUUGGGAGUUGUUUUGGGUGGCUAAUGCACAUGUAUAUAAAAGUGUGCCCGCCGGCAACUUCUUUCAAAAUCACCGUCAGUGUUAUCUUCCAAACGACACUAUUUCAGUCAAAUGCUUCACGAUGGUCACCAUGAGAUCGCCGGUCAGCUCAGCAAGGCAGUCUACGCAUUCCCUGACUGUCCACCGUCUAAUCGAUUGCAACAUGUCGUCCAGCUUGGCCUCAGAGCUGAACCAGACCGUGAAGUUCAAGUUCAACUGGUCGACUCAGUUGCUCCUGGCACCGGGAUUGAUUUAGAGUUUGAUACCGAUGUGCAAACUUUAGCACCAGAGGCAGCCCACUAUGAGACGUGUUAUGUGACGUCUCACAAGGCACCGUGCAGAGUCGCAGCUUGGAGUAAAGAUGGUCAGUUGGUUGCCACGGGAUCAGACGAUGCUUCAAUCAAGAUACUGGACGUGGAGAGAAUGCUUGCGAAGAGCGCCACCAACAUGCCAGAAUCCCAACACAACGUCGACAGUCAUCCAGUCAUCAGGACACUGUACGAUCAUAUUGAGGAUGUGACGGCCCUGGAUUUCCACCCCAGUUUGCCGCUCCUAGCUUCUGGCAGCAAGGACUUUACUAUCAAGUUCUUUGAUUUCUCCAAGUCGGGGGUCAAGCGGGCGUUCCGCAGCCUGCAAGAAGCUGAAGAGAUCUCAUGUCUUAACUUUCAUCCUGGAGGAAACUUCCUCCUAGUCGGCACCCAGCAUCCAACCUUGAGACUGUAUGAUGUAACGACCUUACAGUGCUAUGUAUCCAGUAACCCUAAGGAUCAACAUACAGGACCGGUCAGAGCGGUCACCUACAGCCCCAAUGCAAGCAUCUAUGCCAGCGCCAGUCAAGACGGAAGCAUCAAAAUAUGGGAUGGGAUCAGUAACCGAUGCGUCAACACCUUAGAAAAAGCUCACAGUGGUACUGAUGUGUGCUCGGUGCAGUUCUCUAGGAACUCAAAGUACCUACUUUCCAGCGGCAAAGACUGCUUGGUCAAGUUGUGGGAGGUCUCUACAAGCCGUGUGUUAAUCACUUACACAGGCGCCAGCUCAGACAAACAGGUCCACGAAACAAGAGCCGUCUUCAACCACUCCGAGGAUUAUGUGUUUUUCCCUGAUGAGAAGACUACAAGUCUGUGUUGCUGGGAUUCGCGUAACGCAGAGAGAAAUAAACUCCUGUCUCUAGGUCACAACAACAUCGUGCGAUGCAUCGUCCAUUCCCCGACGGGCCCUGGCUUCAUGACAUGUAGCGACGACUUCAGAGCUCGUUUCUGGUAUUACCGACCAAGUAGUGACUGAGCAUGCUCAGACUCACCUCGUUUAUACCAAAUCUGCAUUCUGUGUUAUUUUUCAUGCAAUCAAAAGUGGAACUUUCGUUCGCACAAAAGUUUGGGCACACAAGACACCUAAAAACACUUCGCUGUCCAAAAGUUUUUUGCAAAGCGGUACUUCAGUACACAACGAUCUCUUCAAUUUUGCUGGUACCCACUAUGCUUUUGCACGCAUACGAUGAAAUUUUUAUCCCGAAAGAAAAAUUGUCUUGAAAAAUCUUAAUGUGCUCAUGCGAAGUUGGAAUACCGAACUGGCUUAUUGUAGAUAUGUAGAACUUUGUUAUUGAUUACAUUUUGUUGUCUGUGGAUUUGCUCAAACCUUU